AAGGAAGUCACAUGUGAUGUCCAGAUGAUCCAUGGUGAUGGUGACAGCUCCAGCAUCCUGAGCAGACAUGGCUGUUUUAGAGUAUCUGAACUCGUUUAUCUGUGAGCGUCUGACAGCAGCAGCUGAGGAGAUCUUCAGGACUGUGGAGAAGAUGCUGGUGGAGUAUCAGGGAGAGAUCAGCAGAUCCAAGCAGGAGACAGAUCACCUGAGAACUCUGCUGCUCUGGCCACAAGUCACACUACACAGAUCAGCUCAUCAGGUCAGUCCUCAUCGCUGUGAUCAAGAGGAUUCUCCCGACUGCUGCCAUGAGGACGACUGGGCCCCAGAUGUGAGCCCGGAUCACCCGAGCACCUUGCACGUUAAAGAGCAGCACGACCAGAGGGCUGAUCUUCAGCGAGGACCAUCCUGCAGGCAGCAGUGUGAUAUCUCAGUCUUGUCAUGUCAGUUUGUGAAGAGAGAAGGUCACGAGGAGCCGCCCUCACACCUCUACAGAAUAUUAACUGUUGAACAGACGGCAGACGUCAAAGCCGAGCGUGAUGGUGACGAGUUAGUAACAUCUCCAUCGACCAGGGAGGCUGAGACCCCCUGUGGAAUAAAUCCAGAGUCUUCUGGACUUCAGCGAGAACCCCUGAAAGAGCUGCUGGAGACCGCUCGUCAUGAGCAACGUGGGCUUGAUGAGCAGCCGUACUCUUUACAAGACCGGAGCCCCUGUCAGGAGGACCACGAGGACCCUGAUCCCCCUCAGGUCAAAGUGGAAGAGUUGACAUCAUCUCAGGAAGAUGCUGACCACGACUACGAACUCCCUCUUCAGUCAGAGAGCGUCAGUUAUGAUCAUUCUUCAAGCCCCAGCCACGACCAAACUCUGACCAACAAAACAUUUUACACAGCAGAGGAAAAGAGACGAGAUGCUGAAGGAGACGGCUGCGAGCUCUCCAGAGCCUCUGAGCCCUUCUACUCUGUAAAUCAAAGUGAAUAUGACGUAGAGAACACAGACGGUGCGGUGAAUGGAGAAUGGAUUAAGGCGCUCGCACCAACAAGAACGAGACAAAAGCAAAAGCACAACUCCAGCUUGUUCACUGAGAAAAGAGACGUUAUUGGAGUGGAAGAAGACGUAAAUGAUCUCACCAGGGAGAGAAGACACACUUGCCCCAUCUGCACCAAACGUUUCAAAGAGUCGGGCCAUUUGAAGGAUCACGUGAGAAUCCACACGGGAGAGAAACCAUACCGGUGUAAGGAGUGUGGCGUGAACUUCAGACAGAGUGGAGCUUUGACUUUGCACAUGAGGAUCCACACGGGGGAGCGGCCGUACCAGUGCAGCGACUGUGGCCGGCGCUUCAAUCGCAAAGGCGACAUGGAGAAUCACAGGGUGACGCAUACGGGGGAGAGACCCCAUGUGUGCAUGGCGUGUGGGAAAAGCUUUAAAAGGAAAGGCAACUUAAACACACAUCUGAAGAUCCACGCAGAGGACAAAAUGGAGUGCACACAACCAUUGUGAUUGUUUGAAUACUCUUUGUGUCAUCCAGAUAGUGACCCUCUGGAAAACAUGGAUUAUCGGAUACUGUAUGUUUACUGGAGUGAAUAAUACUGUUCAUAAUUAAUUUCUCUACCACGAGGGGUCGCCAAAACUUCAUGGGGGGAUUGCGAGGACUUUUAAGGGGUGUAAGCAUCUUAUGUUUUAUUAUACAGUUGGUCUAUAUCUCAGUAUUUCAUUCAUUUCUGU